AUGCCUGGGAAAAGUAGUGCAGAUAUUUUAGCAAAAGUUCGAUUGCGAUAUGAGCAGCGGCGAUCCCCCCCUCCUAAAUUGACACCGCUUUCUCUUUUUCCCGCUUUCCCCUUUUCUUCCCCAAAGCAUCUUGACACCGUUUGCUUUUGUCGGUUUAUUUGCUUUUCUUUUUUUGUGGUCUGGACUUCCCCUGGUCUGGAUAUCAGUUUUCGAGUAACCGUGAAGAAUUCACAUUGGAACGGUUGUGCGGCGCGUGAGUACAUUCUUCUCUUUUCUGCGUGUUUGUUUAUAGACGGGAGCUUCGUUUGA